AUGAUCCCCGAGAAAAGGACUCAGCUCGACCGAGAACGACAUAUCAAAUAUUGGAAGCGGUGUUCUCAGCUUCUUCCGGAGCCAUACACGUCGGGUGAGGCCAGCCGCAUGAGCUUCGGCUUCUUCAUAGUGGCCGCAUUAGAUUUACUGGGAGCUCUGGAAAAGGUGACCACACCUGACGAGAGGCAAAGCUGGAUCGAAUGGAUCUAUACCUGUCAAGUCCCCCAUACAGGCGGAUUUCGAGGCUUUACAGGUACCAUGCUGGGCGGUAUGAGGAGCCCGCAGAACUGGCAUUGGGAUCCUGCCAACCUUCCUAACACCUACUUCGCCCUCGCAACCUUGGUGAUUCUGGGAGACGAUCUACAACGGGUACAACGGAGGCAGUGCAUAGCUUGGGUAAGGAGCCUUCAACGAAAAAACGGGAGCUUCGGCGAAUUCCUUGGAGAAAAUAACGAUGUCGAAGGGGCGGACGACCCCAGACUAUGUCUCUGCGCUGUAGGGACUUUGAAGAUUUUGCAAGCAGACGAGCAGGACUUGGAGAUUGACGAGACGAAAUUACAACAAUUCAUUGCAAACUGCCAGAGUUAUGAAGGAGGCAUUGGGCAGGCUCCUCUGCUUGAAGCUCACUCUGGCCUGAACUAUUGCGGAAUCGCAACUCUUUCAUUUCUAGGCCUCCUCCACAGCCCGGUCGUCUCGAUCCGAGAAGUGGCCAGCCAAGCGGGUCUGGACGUUCCAAGUUGCGUUUGUUGGAUGCUUGAUCGACAAACCACCUGGAUUGAUGAUGCAGGAGAUGACAGCAGCGACGAAGAAGACGAGACAGAACGGCAGGAGCACACACCCCGCGAGGCUGAGCCAGAAAAGGAACUACUAGACCUGCCGUCGCUGAUGGAUGGCUUGUCUACAGACGAGGCCGCUGCUGGCUUUUGCGGCAGAUGCGGGAAAAUGGCAGAUACAUGCUAUUGUUUUUGGAACGUUGGAGCGUUGGCUAUUCUUCAGCAACACCAUCUGGUUGACAUUGAGGCGGUGAGAAGAUAUCUUCUGGAACACGUGUCGCAUCUCAUAGGGGGCUUUGGAAAAGCGCCUGGCGAACUUCCUGGUGUGUUGAACCAUAUUGCAGAGUUGUCGUCAAAAGGCGACGUGCUAACCACGAUGCAAGACCUUCUACACUCAUACCUUGGCCUUGCUACGCUGGCCAUCUACAAUGAACCCGGGCUAAAGGAAUACGAUCCAACCUUUUGCUUCAGCAAAGAAGCUGUUGAGAAGAUCCAAAACGCGAGCUGGAGGCGGUACUGA